CGCCAGAGCGGCGGGCUGGUGUCGCUUUACGGCGGCGCGGCACCAAUCGGGCCGGGCUUGACGUGCGAAGGGGGGAGUCGCGGCGGCGGCCGCGCUUUGCGGUAGAGGCGGCGGCGCGACAGAGGGGCCGUCUGGCUUUACGGCAGUAGCGGGAUGAGCCUUUACGAGCUGUUCCGGGGGUUCUUCGGCUUCCCCCGGGGCCGCAGGCCCCGAGACCCCUUCUUUGGGGGCAUCACCCGGGAUGAGGAUGAGGACGACGAAUACGACGAAGAUGGGGGCCCCUCAUUUGGGGUGCACCCCAAUGAGGACUUUGGGUUCAGCUUUGGCGGGAUGCACUUCCAUGACAACUUCGGCUUUGACGAGCUUUUCCGUGACUUUAACGAGCUCUUCAAUGAGAUGGGGGCCUGGACCCUGCCCUGCCAGCCCUUUGAGCUUCCUGGCACUCAGGCUGCCCCACCUGCCUCGGGCCACCUGAGUGAGGAGCAGAAACGGCAGGCGCUGCGGGACUCGAUGCUCAGAUAUCCGGACAGUCACCAGCCCAGGAUCUCUGCAGAAGGCCCGGUCCCUGGGAGGGACUUGGGGGACAGUGCGGGCCUGGCAGCUCCAGGCAUGAGGCCUUGGCGGCCAUUUGCUGGGCUGGGAGAGAUGCAUCCGGCUCUCCCGAGUGCCAGGGAGGACAAAGAUCUGGAUUCCCGAGUCUCCUCGGAGGGGCUGGAGACCAUCCUGAGACCGGGGGAGCCAAAGGCCCACUCUUAUUUCCAGAGCGUGUCCGUUACCACGGUGACGGGGCCCGAUGGGACCGUGGAGGAGCGUCGGACGGUGCAGGACAGCCAGGGGCGCAGAGAGACCGUCGUCACUCGCCGCAGAGGGGAUCAGACCCUUGUCACCACCAUCCCGGAGGGCGGGCAGGGCGAGGACACCAUCCCGGAUGAUGGGGAGCUGGCGCAGUUUGUGGGCGACUGGCAGCAGAGGAGGGGGCUCCGCGCUCCAAACCUGGGCGACCCCUUCUCCUUCCUGGAGACCGUCUUCCGUGGCUGGUUCUCAAGACGAUAGCCCUGGCCUCCCUUGGAGCAUCCCUGGGAGUCCCCGUGGGGCCUGGCUGGCUGGCGGUUCUGCCCCAUUGCAAGCCUGAUAGGCGCUCGCUCGCUCCCCUGGCUGCAGGAGACACUUGCCUCUCUUCUGGGUCUGCUGCUGGGUGCAGGGGUGAGCACCAGGGGGCGCUCUCACUCCAGCUGCCCUGUAUUGCAGGCGUGUCCGAAGCCCAGCAGCGAAACCCGAGGGUACGCCAGGCCCUGGUGCCGUGCUGGACGGGCUGCCUGCUUUCCAGGGGAUCACUGAGCUGCAGUUCCUUCCUGCCCCUGUACAUGCAGAGGAAUAAAGUCUAUUUAUGCUA